AUGUUCUCCAAACAUGUUCUCCCGCUCCUCUGGCUUCCCCUGACCGCUUCUCAGGCUCCUCGUGUUAAUAUGAAUUGGCACGCCCCGAAAAAGACAUGGAUCAACGAUCUCUCUCAGGUUAUCGACGGGAACGGGACUCAUGGCUUCAUAUUCAACGGCUCAGGACUUCCACCAGGUACGCCGUAUGGCUCGUACAAUUGGUGCAACAUGCCGCACGUAAGAGCGGAAGAGUAUCCAGUGGCUAAUAAUGAAUAUGAAUUGGAAUACGUUGAAGUUAUUCAUAGACACCAUAAGAGAACGCCUUAUGCAUCCAAUACCUUCCCGAAAGAAUCAUAUCCGUGGAGCUGCUCAGAUCAAGGCCUCUUCUACUACGGCCAGCCUCUAAGUCCUGGCGGAAACACUUCAACUGAAACAUAUUGGAGCGUGUUCACGAGCGACAUCAACCCAUUCGCAGCAGCUGGCUUCAAUGGAACCUGCCAAUUUCCACAGAUAACGAAGGAGGGCCUGGACGAUUCUUGGCAGCACGGCAAAGACCUCUAUGGAGUCUACCAUGACCUGCUAAGAUUCUUGCCCAACGAGUUAGGAAACAAGGUGACUUUUCGGGUCACGAACAAUGUGAUUACAAGCCAAGUUGCGGGCAUGCUCAUCUCCGGAAUGUAUCAACCCUCUGAGACGGUACCGCUACGUGUCCAACCAACAACCAUCGACUCCCUAGAACCCGCAUAUUCUUGCGCAUCAUCAUCCACCCUUUUCGGUUCUUAUGGUGUAGGUAGCACUUCGCCACCCUGGACUUCCCAUUUGAAAGCUGCAAGCUCCCUUUUCCAAUCUCUGGACUCCGUCUCUGGGAUUUCUCCCAACGCCACAGAUUGGCACAAGUCAUUUGACCACUACUUUGAUAAUCUCUCGGCACGGCAAUGUCACGCAAAACCUCUACCCUGUAAGAUCAACGAUUCGGCGAACUGCAUCAGCCAAAAGCAAGCAGACGCAGUUUACAGACUAGGAGAGUACGAGUACUCCUUCAUUUAUCGCGACUCGCCACUAUCGCUGCAGGCUUCUACAGCAUCCUUUGGAGUGUGGAUUUCGGAACUCGCGCAAAAUCUCCGCGAUAGCAUUUCUGGGAAGAGUCAGGUCAUUUAUCGACACAACGUCGCUCACGAUGGAUCUGUGUCGAGGCUUCUGAGCAUUUUGCAGGUAGACGUCAUGGUAUGGGUUGGAAUGGGUUCCGAAGUUGUCUUUGAACUGUACUCCGCGAAAGGUCACGAUGACAAGAAAUACGUAAGGAUUUUAUGGGGCGGGAAGGUAUUGAGGAGCUCUAACCCGAGCUUAGGAGAGGUAGACAUGCUAGAUGUAGAUGUUCUGCUUGCUUACUUCGAUGGAUUGGUUGGGAAGAAGGCUAGUAGAGUUGUUGGUCUUUGCCAGUCAUAUUGA